CAGUCGGCUCGUUCGUGCGUUCGUCGUGUGUUUGUCCAUCCGUCCGUGUGCCGUUUCUGUGUCCGGUCGUUGUUGUGAGCCUCGUAGGAAGCGUACAGCCCCGGUGGACACUGUGAGUGUGUUUCGGUACUGAUCUGACUCAUCCGAACGGACGGACAAUGUGUGGCAUUUUUGCGUACCUCAACUUCCUCACGCCCAAGUCGCGGCGCGAGGUGCUGGAGCUGCUGCUGAAUGGGCUGAAGCGGCUCGAGUACCGUGGCUACGAUUCGGCGGGUGUGGCCGUCGACGGGAUGACGCCGGACGCCGGCAUCCUGAUGUUUAAGCGCACCGGCAAGGUGAAGGUGCUGGAGGAAGCAAUCCACGCGGCGGCCAAGGAAGUCGAGUUCGGCGAGGCGUGCGCCACGCACGUCGGUAUCGCGCACACCCGCUGGGCGACGCACGGCGCUCCGAGCGAGCUCAACUCGCACCCGCAGCGCAGCGACGACGGCAAUGCGUUCGUCGUGGUGCACAACGGCAUCGUCACGAACUAUAAGGACAUCAAGAAGUUCCUGGAGCUGCGCGGGUACGCGUUCGAGUCCGACACCGACACGGAAGCGAUCGCCAAGCUGGUGCACCACCUGUGGAAGCAGCACCCGAACUACUCGUUCCGCGAGCUGGUCGAGCAGGUGAUCCAGCAGCUGGAGGGUGCGUUCGCGCUGGCCUUCAAAUCGAAACACUUCCCGGGCGAGUGCGUCGUGACGCGCCGCGGUUCCCCGCUGCUGGUGGGCAUCAAGGCGAAGACGAGCCUCGCCACCAACCACGUGCCGAUCCUGUACGGGAAGGGCCCUCGGCACGGGUCGGUCGGAAACGUGCAGGUGGAGCCGCCGACGCCGGACAAUACGGCCGACUUUAUCAACCCGGGCGAGGAGGUGGAGUACUUCUUCGCGUCGGACGCGUCGGCAGUGAUCGAGCACACGAACCGGGUCAUCUACCUGGAGGACGACGAUGUGGCGGCGGUCAAGGACGGUGCGCUCGGGAUCCACCGGCUGAAGAAGAGCCUGGACGAUCCGCACGCGCGCGAGAUCACGACGCUCAAGAUGGAGAUCCAGCAGAUCAUGAAGGGCAACUAUCGGUACUUUAUGCAGAAGGAAAUCUUCGAGCAGCCGGAAUCGGUGGUCAACACGAUGCGCGGCCGGGUGAACUUCGAGAGCAAGAAGGUGACGCUCGGCGGCAUCAAGGACUACAUUCCGGAGAUCAAGCGCUGCCGGCGGCUGAUGCUGAUCGCGUGCGGCACCUCGUACCACAGUGCCGUGGCGACGCGCCAGCUGCUCGAGGAGCUGACGGAGCUGCCGGUGAUGGUGGAGCUGGCGUCGGACUUCCUCGACCGGAACACGCCCAUCUACCGGGACGACGUGUGCUUCUUCAUCUCGCAGUCGGGCGAAACGGCCGACACGCUGAUGGCGCUGCGGUACUGCAAGCAGCGCGGAGCCCUGAUCGUCGGCAUCACCAACACGGUCGGCAGCUCGAUCUGCCGCGAGUCGCACUGCGGGGUGCACGUGAACGCGGGGCCCGAGAUUGGCGUUGCGUCGACCAAGGCGUACACCUCGCAGUUCAUUUCGCUCGUCAUGUUUGCGCUGGUCAUGAGCGAGGACCGCCUUUCGCUGCAGUCGCGCCGGCUCGAGAUCAUCGAGGGGCUCGGCAUGCUCGAUACGCACAUCAAGCAGGUGCUCCAGCUCGACCGGAAGGUGCUGGAGAUUGCGCAGGAUCUGUACCAGCAGAAGUCGCUGCUGAUCAUGGGCCGCGGCUACAAUUUUGCCACCUGCAUGGAGGGGGCGCUGAAGGUGAAGGAACUGACGUACAUGCACAGCGAGGGCAUUAUGGCGGGCGAGCUGAAACACGGACCGCUGGCCCUCGUCGACGACACGAUGCCGAUCGUGAUGAUCAUCAUGCGCGACCCGGUGCACCAGAAGUGCAUGAACGCGCUCCAGCAGGUGACGGCGCGCGAGGGCCGCCCGAUCAUCAUCUGCGAGGAGGGCGACCAGGAGACGAACGCGUUCGCGUCGAAGGCGCUCGAGAUUCCGCGCACCGUCGACUGCCUGCAGGGCAUACUGACCGUCAUCCCGAUGCAGCUGCUCUCGUACCACAUUGCGGUGCUCCGCGGGUGCAACGUCGACUGUCCGCGGAAUCUCGCCAAAUCCGUUACGGUCGAGUAGAGCAGAGUCGAGUCGAGUCGAGUCGAGUGGGGACUUAUGUUAAGUUUUAUCCUUUCGUGCGCAAUCCUUUCCCUCUCCCCGACGCUUGGCCGCCAAUUCGCGGCCAAUCCUAACCCGUUUUAUGCUGCGCGAUCCUGUUUUCGAACGAACCGCUGUCGCUUUCCCUGCUGCCGACGAGCGAGAUGAAAUCCUCCCUUUUUAUCUCACUAGAUGUUUACUUAAUGGAGUCGAUAUGAGACGGUAAUCAAAAACGGUAACAUGUUAAACUUUUCGAAAAGGUUGUCGAAAAGCAAAGGAUCGAGGAUCGAGAGACCAUGGACCUCGAUUCAAGAUGCGAACGCGGCUACAUCACUUGGAAGAUCGCUAAGUUAGUUCUAGAUUAUUGCUUAUAUUAUACCCGUUUUUUGCUUUUACACCCCCUGACCCGGUGGGGUCCACUUAUAUGAACGAGAGCUGUGCAAUAGAAGGGCCGCCCAUUCAGUGUUUCGAGACGGUGAGACGGUCGUCAUCUGUGAAGCGUCACCGCAUAUUGUUGUCAGCAUUGUCCACGUCCGCAAAAGUGCCGUCAGCAGCCAAGGUGUAAAAUUUGCACCAAUGUACCCGCGCGCGUGUGUGUGUGUGUGUAGGGGGGUCCCGAAGAUUGGUCCGAUCCCAAUCGACGUUGAUAAGCGGCACCACCACCGCCGCGCUGCAUCACAGUCAUCGUCGUUAUCACCACUAUCAUCACUCUGCCCAUCGUCAUCAACGUGUUUAUUAUAAUCGCACACACACAUGCGCCGCACACAGGGCGCAGCAUACGCAAUGGGGUGUGUGGUCAAAAUAUUGCGACCGAUCAAUCUGAUCUGAACGAAAUCGGCCAAUCGUUGUUGGUACAUUUAGAUGAUUUCUUUGCUCUCGUAGUCUGCUGUUUCGGUAGGAUACUUUGCGAUCUGUUUUCGGUAAACCGAUGAUCACCACUAAAUUUAGGCCAAAAAUUGUACAACAACAAAAAAAACCAUAAAAGGCGCACGUGGCGCUGCUGUUUGUGCAUGAGUGAAUGUGGCAACGAUGCUGGGCGCUCCCGUGUAAGAGGAGAUGCACAAACGUUUGCGGUCGCGAUCGCGUGCCGAUCGCGUUAAGCUCAUAUUUCGCGGGCCACCUGUGGGCUGAAGCCCGGAAGAAAUUAUAUAUGUAUAUGUGAAUAAAGUAUUAGUGCUUUCUUUUUAUUGAUA